CAGGGGAAUAGUACUGUAGACUAGCCAAGAGUAGAUUAUAUCUCGAUUAUUGCAUCAAGAUUGUCACAACGAAACCCACGGCCUUCUCGCGUAGUUAUGCCUAUCGCUACCGAAGACCCAACGAAAGAAGUUGGAGGUUUAUGAUUUCGCUAAGCCUUGCUCUCGGUCGAUCCUUGAAGGCGGGGGGCUUUGCAUGGCAGCAAAAUCAGCUCAUCCGCGGCGGCGGCGUUGAAUCGAUUCUAGGUAUCGGUCUUACAGUAGGUACCUACAUUACGCACAUCGCCCACCCUCACUGCACGACCGACACGACAUCCAUCCUUCGCUUCCUCUCCUCUCCCACAUCACCAAGGCAGUACAAUACAUACCAGCAUAAUGACUUCUCCGGGAGUUCUCCAUACCUACGCUCCGGGAUUGGUGGCCUUCGAGCACCUCCCAUCCGAGGACAAGAAGUCCUGCCACAAGCUCCUCUUCGUCGGCGGCUUGGGCGACGGCCUCUUCACCGUGCCGUUUAUCGAGCACCUCCGAACUCUCGACGGAUGGGGCGUGAUCGAAGUCCUCACUUCGUCGUCAUUCACGGGAUGGGGAACCGGGAGUGUCAAAAGAGAUGCGACGGAGAUAGCGAAAGCGGUCGAGUAUUUUAGGGGAUCGCAUCCCGAGUCGAAGCUUGUUCUUAUGGGGCACUCUACUGGCUCGCAGGAUACAUUCCAGUACCUCCUCAACGCCUCCACCGGCUCGGCACCACGUCUUGACGGGGCAAUACUACAGUCAUCUGUGAGCGACCGCGAGGCGAUAGUCAUGGGCGCCAGCAAGACGGAAUACUUGACGUCGAUAAACUUCAGUGAAUCGUGGAUCAAGGAUGGGCGCGGGAAGGAGAUCAUCCCUGCCGAGAUGCGGCCAGGAUUUGAAGGCACGCCUGUGUGUGCUGAGCGAUGGUACUCCCUCGCAGCCCCACUAGACGACGAAGGCAACCCACAGGGCGCCGAAGACUUCUUCUCGUCCGACCUGAACGACGCCACGCUGAAGGAGACGUUCGGGAAGCUACCGACCGACACGCCGCUCAUGGUGUUGUACGGCGGGAAGGACCAGUACAUCCCCGAGUUUGUGGAUAAGGAGGCGCUUGUGGGGCGGUGGAGGGCAGUCAAGGAGGCAGCCGGUGGGAAGUUGGAGGGUGGCAUUGUAGAGGGUGCUACACACAAUCUGGCAGGUGUGCCGAAGGAGGUUAUGGAGGGGUUUGUGGAGAGGGUGCAAUCGUUUCUGAAGGGCUUGUCGGGAGAGGGGAAAGAGGAGUGAAUCAUCCAUCCGUACUGCUGGUCAACACUUCUGUGCAAUGCUGGCUAGCAAUGGUGGUGGAUGUCGUGUGUAAUUUUUAGAUGUGCUCCUCCUCUAGUCCGUUAACUACCAUCAGGUAUCAGACAUCCGGACAAACCAGCCAGUCUAAUGUACACUCUAUCUACA